AUGGCUGCAGCAGAAGAAGAAGCGAUCAAGGACAUUGUUCAGGUGCAGAGCAGGAUCAAGCCGCGCCGCGCUCAGGCGACCAGCAAGAAGCUGCUGCAGCAGAGGAGCCAGCACAAGAAGCUCAAGGUCUCCCAGUCCUCCACUCAUCGCCUGGUCAUCUCUCCUGCAGGAGAAGAAAACGCUGAAGUGAAGGAAACGAACGCGGCAGAUGGAGAGGCCGGCGACGAGCAGGCUGAAGCAAAGGAGGGAGAGGAAGAGGGAGGAAAUUUGCCUCAAGUUGCGGCACCAGAGGAGGGCGAGGAGGCGGCAGAAUCGGCCGCGGAGGGAGACGAACGAGGAGGAGGGGAACCUGAGGCACCUCCAGGGGAGGAAGGGGCUGCGAGCGAUGAGCCUGCAGGAGGUCCAGACGAGACGGGAGGAGGGGAAGAGGGGAGAGCAGAGCAGUUGGAAGAAGGAGGAGGCGAUGGGAAGCAAGAGGAGGAGCCAACGUUCGAGGAGGUCAUGGCACAAGGCGCUGAGCAGGCCAUGGAGGAGGAGGGAGAGGACAGAGGCGGCUACGACCUGGACAAGAUGGUGGACGCGGCUCUGGACAAGAACUCUCAGGUCAUGAGCAGGGCCUCAGCUGGGAAGGAGCAGCUGAGAAUCUCCGACUCGGACCUCCCCCUGUCCCAGCCGGCGAGCAGAGCAGAGCAGGGGCCCAGCGCCUCGUCCCAGCAGCUCAAGAGCAGGAUAGCCCAGCUGGAGGCUCAACUGGAGGUCACCGAGCAGGGGAAGGAGAGGGCGGAGACGGAGGCGUGGGAGAGGCAGGAGGAGAUGACGCGCGUGCUGGCGCAGAAGGACGCGCUGCAGGCGGAAGUGAAGGCGCUGCGAGGACAGAUGGACCUCGAGCUCAAUGCCCGGCGCGAGGCUGCUGACAGGAUGUGGGCUGACAUGAGUGAGGAGGCUGUGCACGACGGCGGGAAGCCCAAGGAGAGGAUGCAGGAGCAGGCUCCGAGCGCGAGCAUGAAGGAGGAAGACUCCGACUUCAUCGACCCUCCUCGUUCUCGGUAUCAUCAUCAGCCCUUCACGUUCGGCGAAGACGAUCAACUUCACCUGCUCCCCCAGCAUGCUGGGAUGGAGGAGCAAGAACAUGGGGGGAUGCCUGAGGAACUUCCUGGAGGAGCAGAGGCAGGAGCUGCAGCUGGGGCUGGGGCUGGGGCUGAGGGAGCGUACGGGGGGAGCAAGGGAGCCGGGGAGAGGUUGAAGGAGGAGCUGACGAGGAAGAACGAGCUGAUCCUCGAGCUACGGAUCCAAGUCGGUCAGCUGGAGACUCAGCUGAGGAGCGCGCAAGACAUGAAUCAGUUCCGCUCUGAGAUGGAGAUGGAAAGAAUCCGCCAGGACGCAGAGUGGCAGCGGAGGAUGGCGAUGGAGGAGAUCGCAAGGAUGCGGCACGAGCUUGAGAUCGCCAAUGCAAAGAAGGCUCGUCUGAAGGAGCUGCUCGCUGAUAACCUGCACGAGCUGCGCGACCAGAGAAGACAGACGGAGCUCCUAAAAACAAAGAUUUCCGGGCUCUUCGGCAAAAUGGAGAACAUCACCCGCCAGUUCGUGCAGGAGCAGAGCUUCCUGCGAGACUUUCAGAACGUGAGACAAAGUAUUGACGAGAUCAAGAAAGAAUCCGAGAUGCAGCUCCAGGCUCUUGACCACAAGCACAAAGAUUUUGUCAACGCGAUGCGGGCGGACAUGCAGGAGGAAAACUCGUUGCAGCAGGGAGCCAGGGAGCUCCGAGAAGAUUUCGAGGAGGAGGAGGAGAAUCAGCCGCGCGGGCCGCUGGGCCCUGGGCUGGCUCCUCGUCGGAGGCAAGACGGGAUGAAAGGAGGAGAGAGGAAAGGAGGGAGAGGGCAGGGGAUGCCUGAGGGAAAGCAGAAGAUCUCGCCAUCAAAGAAGCCGACAAACGAGGGCGCUGGUCAGCUCAAGAAGGAGGAGGGCCUGAUACAGCACGGAGAGAGGAUGGAGCAGCCGUUCCCGAUGCUGCAGCAGCGUCCCAUGUUCGGCUUUCCCAUGCCCAUGGCGAAUUUCUUUUCGAUGCCGCACGUGCCUGGGGAUCCGAUGAUGAUGCCGGAGAAACAGCAGGGAAUGGGCCACGAGAACCCCCAGAUGAGGAGAGGAGGGAUGGAUCCCCCCUAUGAUGAUCCCCACAUGUUCAACAACUUUCCUCCCGGCUACCCACAGAUGCCGAUGCUCGCAAACCCUUUCGGGAUGCCAGGGCAGCUGGCGAGCGCAGGCAAGGACGGCAGAGAGGAGGAGGAAGCUUCUCAUCCCCCCGCAGGCCUGCAGCACAUGCCCAACGCUGGAGAUCCGCAGUUGGGUUCUCCUGCUCGUCGGAUGAACGCCCAUCCGCUCGAUCCGGACAUGCAGCAGUUCAUGGAGGACGACUGGUGGAGGGCCCCCGGUGAAGCACAGAGCCAGGAGCAUGCAGGGAAACCUCAGAGCUUUCUUCCUGCCAUCGACGGAGGAGGCCGAGGGAACAAAGGAAGGACUCCUCCCCCCGGCAAGAAGGACGCGUCUCGUGCACAGCAGAACAGAAACCCGGCGAGGAAGAAGUGA